AUGGCCAUUGCAACCAAGCUGCGUAACUUUGUCAUGGGUGAUCCAGACGAGAGUGAUGUAGAUUCGGAUACUCCUGCUAUUGCAGCAACGCAAACACCCAAGAGCGAAAAUGUCAACAAUCCAUACACUCCAAGCACCACCAGCGAAAGAGGCGCCGAAAUCGACAAAGCCCAACGUGGAGUUCAAAACAUCCAAGCGACAACUCUCACCUGGACGAAAACUUCUCUAGCAACACUUUUAAUCCUCGAUUUCCAAUCGCACUCGCUGUUGACGGUCAUUGAGAUUGUUGCUGGGGCCAUGACAUCUGCGGUUUACAUCCCCAUGGCCAAGCUGUUGGAUGUUUGGGGUCGAGCUGAGGGAUUCGCGUUGAUGGUGGCAUUUACCACUCUGGGCAUGGUGUUGAUGGCUGUCUCGCAGAACCUGCCUACUUUUUGUGCUGCACAAGGUCUUUUGGAUCGAGAGGACAGUGGUCCAUUUACCAUCGGCAGAGUUUGGCAAGUGCUGGGUGUUGCUCUGUUCGCUGGCGGUCUGACGGUAUUCCUGCUGCCGUUCAAUCUGGCUACCUCGGCUCCGAAGGGAUGGUCGACCGACUACAUCAUUGCCAUGAUUGUCACUGGCGUUGUCGUGUUGGUGCUGUUCGCUCUGCAUGAGGUCUACCUUGCUCCCGCGCCUUUCUUGAAGCAGCAAUAUCUGAUGAACCAAACCGUCAUCUUCACCUGCCUGCUGGAUGCCACCUACCAGAUGUCAUACUACUGCUGGAACUCCUACUUUACGUCGUUUCUCCAGGUCGUCAGUAACCUGAAAGUGGCCGAGGCUGGAUACGUCAACAGCACAUUCUCGGUUGUGUCAGGGUUCCUUUUGUUCUGCGUGGGUUACCUGAUCCGCAGAACUGGUCACUUCAAAUGGCUCUUGGUCAUCGCAGUGCCCCUUUACAUCUUUGCUUUGGGUCUCAUGAUCCACUUCCGUCAGCCCAACCAGUACAUUGGUUAUAUCGUCUUGUGCGAAAUCUUCAUCUCGAUUGGAGGUGCCAUCAUUACACUCAUCGUGCAGCUGGCAGUUCUCGCAUCUGUCGAUCAUCAACACGUCGCUGCCGUCUUGUCGUUACUAUAUAUCAGCGGCGGUGUCGGUGGAGCCAUCGGCAACACAAUCUCUGGCACCAUCUGGACAAACACGUUCGAGAAUGGACUUGUGCGCUAUCUUCCCGAGUCAGCGCAAGCCAACCUCACGACUAUUUAUGCGAGUCUGCCUGUUCAGUUGUCGUAUCCGGUCAACAGUGCUGAACGCAUCGGCAUUCAAAAAGCGUAUGGAUAUGCGCAAACUAGGAUGUUGUCCGCUGGUGUUGGGUUGAUGGGCUUGUCGCUGAUCUGGAUCUGUUUCAUCAAGAACUUGAAUGUGAACAAGAUGAAGCAGACCAAGGGUGUGGUCUUCUAG